AUGACAGGAAGGGCAGGGAGUCUGUACGCUGUCCUGUGUAACAUGGAAGGGGAGGUGACCCAGUUAGAGCAGGGUGCCUUCACUGUUCUACCACUUCUACUCAUGACUGGACCAGGGACUCUUCAGAAUGCUGUUGGUAGCUGGCUGGAGCAGAGGUUUGACUGUAGAGUUUGCCCCAUGACCUUCCAACCCUCUGACCUCCUGUGGGCCAUGGCACUGGGACUGAUCAGGGGCACCAAUGACAAGGUGAAAAAACAGACUCUGGACCUACACUACAAUGUUCCACUGAAGGAGGCUGGCCUCAGUAAAAUCUCUCUCCAAAUCCCCGUCAAACACGCCAAGGCCCUGUUAAGCAGCGUCACAGAAGACACAGAAAACGAUCUCCAACUUGACGAGCUACACCUCUUCCGCCAAGCGCUGGAGGCCCAUAUGUUCCACUACUUCAGGAUCCACUUGGACACCAUGAAACUGUGCCUGGUAGCAACGCCCGUUCUGUUUGUGGAUAAGAACGGGCGACUGAAGAUCUUGUCUGUGAAUCACGCCCCAGCAGUUUUGCGAAUGAUGACCUCAUUCGCCUUUGAGAGGAGUCCUUUAACUAUGUGCUUAAAGGCUGCAAAUGAAAGUAGAAUGUAG